CCUCUCCUCGCGGCCGGCGCGGUGCCCGCCAUCGCUGGGGCGCAGCGUGUCCCGUUUACCGGGAGCCCAUCGGGCCUUCCCGACCUCUUCCGCUGAGCCCCACCCGCCCCGGCCCCGCGCGCCAUGGCCGCGUACAAGCCGGUGGUGGUGCAGGCAUGCCCCAAGCUCGGGGAGAGGGUCACGCAGGACACGCUCUACUGGCGGGGAUACAAGACACCUGUUCAGAUAAAGGAAUUCGGUGCAGUAAAUAAAAUUGACUUCUCCCCAGUCCCGCCAUAUAACUAUGCUGUCACAGCAUCCUCGAGGGUAAGUGGUUUUUCUGAGGCUUUUAUGCUCUUGUCCUUCAGUUGGUAUCACACAACAAGAUGUAAUGCUGUCUUCUUUUGGCAGAUCCACAUCUAUGGCCGGUACUCCCAGGAGCCCAUCAAGACGUUCUCUCGCUUCCGGGACGCCGCGUACUGUGCCAUGUACAGGGACGAUGGGCGUCUGCUCGCCGCCGGCAGCGAGGACAGCGUCAUCCGCCUCUUCGACGUUAGCGGCAAAGCACCACUGAGGCAGUUCGAGGGUCAUACUAAGCCAGUUCAUGUAGUGGGCUUCCUGUCUGAUAAAUACCGAAUAUUUUCUGGUGGUGAUGAUUAUUCGUCAAAUUUGUGGGAUAUUCCAAGUGCCACAGAAAUCGUCUCAUACAGUGAACAUACUGACUAUGUGAGAUGUGGCUGUGCAAGUAAAGUGAAUGCAGAUGUCUUCAUAACAGGUUCCUAUGAUCACACUGUGAAACUGUUUGAUGCACGAACAAAGAGUAGUGUCAUGACAAUAGAACAUGGCCAUCCUGUGGAGAGCGUGCUUCUGUUCCCAUCUGGUGGACUUCUGGUAUCUGCAGGAGGUCGAUAUGUCAAAGUUUGGGAUGUACUAAAAGGUGGACAGUUACUAGUUUCACUUAAAAAUCACCAUAAAACUGUAACUUGUUUGUGCCUGAACAGCUCUGGACAAAGGCUAUUGUCAGGAUCCCUGGACAGGCAUGUGAAGAUUUACAGUACUACAUCCUACAAAGUAGUCCACAGCUUCAACUAUGCAACAUCCAUCCUCAGUCUUGCAUUGUCGCCUGAAGAUGAAACCAUAGUUGUAGGCAUGACCAAUGGGGUGCUAAAUGUUAAGCACAGGAAGCCGGAAGAAAAGAAUGAAAAGUCUCAAAAGAAGAGACAACCAGUGUAUAGAACCUUUGUGAAAGGAAGAACUUACAUGCCAAAACAGGAAGAUUUCUGUGUCAGUAAACCUGUAAAACGUGUUUUGAGAAAAUAUGACAAGCUGCUGAGGGGCUUUCAGUCUUCCAAGGCUCUGGAUGCAGUACUGGAGCCACCCAUCAUGCUUCAUACUCCUGAAGUCACGGUUGCAGUCAUGCAGGAACUGCAUCGCAGAGGAACGCUGAGAAGUGCACUUGCAGGCCGAGAUGAGAAGCAAGUUAAUCUCCUGCUUACCUUUGUGGCAAGGCGUGUGAUUGAGCCUAGAUUUACUCCUGUGCUGGUGACUGUUGCUGAUAUGAUCACUGACAUUUAUCAGCCUGUGGUUGGGCAGUCAGCGAUUGUUGAUAAACAGUUCUUGAAACUUCAGGAAGCUAUUGGAAAAGAAAUUGACUAUCAAGAGGAGCUACUAGAAGUUUUGGGAAUGAUGGAUACGCUGUUUGCUACUUUUACUAAGAAAAGAGAUACGUGUCUAGAAGAGAACAAAAGAGAACAAAAUGGUCUUACAGAGAUCAUUGAAACAAACAGGAGUUACUGACACUCAUCACAGCAAAUUGUCACAACUGUGGACCUGAAAGACAUGACCUGUUCUCUUGGUAACUUCUUAUAAUAGUGACUUUCAAAAUAAGCCUCUCUAUGUUGAACUUGUCUUUUAAACUGUGUUGCUGAAUAGACUUGAUUACUGAAGACAGAGAAAGAGAAGGAUGUUUUCAAGAUUGUCCAUGCAACAUUUUCCAAAAAAUUUAAUUUUAAAGUUUUAUUUCAGAGUUACAUAACUUCUUAAGGGUUUACAUGGCCUUAGUUUUGGUAGCUGGACGGCUUCUGUGAGAAACUGUCAGAAGUUUCCUUCAUGUCUGGCAGAACCAAUCCCUUGUUCCAAAGAUGGACCCACUGCUGGCCAAGGGUGGGCCAACUAGAAAUGGUGAUAACAAAGUUAUUACGCAGCUGUAACUGCGGCCAGAGAAGAGCAGAGUGAGAACAUGUGAGAAGAACAACCCUGUGGACACCGAGGUCAGUGAAGAGGAAGGGGCAGGAGAUGUUCCAGGUGCAGCAAUUCCCCUGGAGCCCAUGGUGCAGACCAUGGUGAAGCAGCUGUGCCCCUGCAGCCCAAGGAGAUCCAUGGGGAAUGCAGAGAUCCACCCGCAGCCCAUGGAGGAGACUCAGAGUGGAGCAGGUGGAUGUCUGAGAGGAGGCUGCGAUCCAGUGGGAGAUGCGUGGAGAGAGGGGCCCUGCUCCAAGGCUGAGCAGCCUGUCCUUGAAGGACUGCACCCCGUGCAAGAAUGACCCACGCUGCAGCAGUUUGGGGAGGGCUGUUGACCAUGGGAUGGACUCACGCUGGAGAAGUUCAUGGAGAACUGUCUCCCAUGGGAG